CAGAAGAGCUACAGUUACCAAAGAAACAUGCCCUUUAUGAAAUUGCAUCAUUAUUUUAAGUGAUGUGCAGAAAGCAUUCGUGCGCCCCUAUGUCCGAAAAACGCACGUCAAAUCUGGCAGAUGGAUCUUUUGUAAGGUCUUUUUUUUCUGCAGUUCCUGGGUGCGUCUGAACGGGGCGGCCGUGAUCCGGUCUGUCGCAGCGGGUCUGGUGUACUGCACGAGCUGCCGUAGAGUGUGUCACUCCCUCAUCAGCGGCUCGCUGGAAAUAUGGCGUCAGUGCACACACGGGCGAGCCUCAACUCUGCAGACGGAUAGAGAUAGAAAGUGUGCACCGGGACUCGUAUCACACACCAGUCUUUGCAAAGUCGACCCCUCUUUUCCUGGACAUGUUCUGAUUCAUGCACGGGUGAACGGAGAGCCAUCCCGUCGAUUCGGCCCCGGUUAUGGAGCCUCCGGAUGAGACCAGGCUCAAGGACUCGUCCAAAGAUGUGCCCCAGCAGAACACAGAGGUGGAUGAGUCUUGGGACGAGCCCAGCCAGGAAGAGGAGACACUCUACAGCACCUCCCCUCCCCGCACUCCUCGGCAGAUGAAACGUAUGUCCAACAAACACCAGAGAAACAGUCAGGGGUCAAAGGGCAAAGAGAAGCUGUGUUCCUCCAGCCCGUUGUCUCAACGAGAACGUGAGGGAGCCAGAUCAGUCGAACCUUCUGAAGAGCACAGCUACAAGCAGGAAAAGAAACAGCGCUUCAACCAGCGCUCCAACCAGCGGGACAGCAAGAAGACAUUCGAGGGCUCCUUCAUGCUGGAUCCAAUGUCCAAGACCAGUGCCAUCGGCUCCAGAAACAUGGAUCCCCGCAAGCCCUACCUGAGCCUGGGCAUGUUGCCCGUUCGUACCCACCGGCAGACCUCGCGCACAGACUGUCCGGCAGACCGCCUCAAAUUCUUUGAGACUCUGCGGCUGCUGCUUAAGCUCACCUCCAUGUCAUCCAAGAAGAAGGAGAAAGAGCAGCGAGGCCUGGAGAACACAGCCUUUAUGGACCAGAACAAUGAGGUUAUCUGGUUAGAGUUGCAGGCCUGGCACGCCCGCCGUAGUGUCGUGGAGCAGGACCUGUACCUGUACACUGCCCGCCAAGCCAUACCUGACAUCAUCAAGGAGGUUCUGCACUUCAAAGUUGACUAUAGCAGCCUAGCCGGGCUUGAGAGCAGUGUCUCAGUUGAGGAGAGCAACUCCUGUCCUGGCGAAACCAACUGCAGGAAUGAUUCAUUUAGCUUUAGCACCUGCUCCACGUCCUGGGGAGAGAUCGACGCCGCUGCUCCUUUUUCUUCAGUGCUGGAGUGCCGGGAGCACCUGCAAAGGCAGCGGGUAGCUUUCGAUCAGGUCAAGCGUGUCAUGUCGCUGUUAGAGUCGGUGGAAGCUCUGUACCCAUCCCUGCAAACCUUGCAGAAGGACUACGAAAAAUAUGCGGCUCGAGACUUCCAGGGCAGGGUGCAGGCGCUCUGCUUGUGGCUCAACAUCACUCAGGACCUGAAUCAGAAGCUGCGUGUGAUGGGCACCGUGCUGGGCCUCAGGGACCUUUCCCGCAUCGGCUGGCCCAUCUUCGAGAUCCCCUCGCCUCGCUGCUCCCAUGGCAAUGAGGACGAUGAGGUGGAUGAGGAUGAGACAGAGUCUACCGCUACCUUCACUGCUGACAACGAUGGGGAGGAAAGGACCUUGAGUGAGGCGACCAGCGACGGGGAGCAGUCGCCCUGCCCCACGCCAAAGUUUUCACGCCUCCUGUCAGAGGAGGAGCUCCUCCCGAGGGACAACGAGACCUGCUACUUUCCCACCGCCAUAUACAGGCCGUUUGUGGAUAAGGCACUUAAACAGAUGGGACUCCGUAAACUGAUCCUCAGACUGCACAAGCUGAUGGACCGUUCACUGCAGAGGUCCAGAACUGCUCUGUUGAGUCACAUGCCGGCUCAAGAGUUGUCAGCGGUCCCGGGUUAUUCUUUGCAGCACUGUGACUACCUUCCAGAGCUAUCUCGUCACGUGUCUGGUCAGGUGGAGGAGGAGGCGGAGUCAGGACGAGUAUCGUGGAAGGAGCUGGUGGACAUGGACCUGCCCUCAUUCCAGCCAGCCUUCUUGGUGCUUUGCCGUGUGCUGCUAAAUGUUAUUCACGAGUGCCUCAAACUGCGCCUUGAGCAAAGGCCUGCAGGAGAACCGUCCCUGCUCAGCAUCAAGCAGUUGGUGCGUGAGUGUAAAGAGGUUCUUAAAGGAGGGCUCCUGAUGAAACAGUACUACCAGUUCAUGCUGCAAGGCGUCGUCACUGACCCCCAGGGUCUGCAGACUAAUGCCAACAUCGACGAGUUUGAGGAGGAUCUGCACAAAAUGCUAGAGGUGUACUUUGACUACAUGCGCAGCUGGAUCCAGAUGUUGCAGCAGUUGCCUCAAGCCUCCCACAGCCUGAAGAACCUGCUGGAGGAGGAGUGGAAUUUCACCAAAGUCAUCACUCCAUACAUCCGGGGUGGAGAGGCCCAGUCUGGGAAACUCUUUUGUGAUAUUGCUGGCAUGCUGCUAAAAUCCACUGGAGACUUUCUGGACGCCGGCCUUCAGAAGAGUGGCAAUGAGUUCUGGGAAUGUGCGGAUGACAGCACUGCCUCGGAUGAAAUCAGACGUUCAGUGAUUGAGACAAGUCGCUCACUCAAAGAGCUCUUCCAUGAAGCCAGGGAGAGAGCAUCUAAAGCAUUGGGCUUUGCCAAGAUGCUGCGCAAGGAUCUUGAGAUUGCUGCAGAAUUCAGGUUAACCACUGGAGUUCCCUCUCUCCUCCAAGCACUGAAGGCCAAAAAUUAUGUUAAAGUCCAAAUCCCAGGACUGGAGGAACUCCAGGUGUUCGUCCCUUGUGAUCUGAUGGAGCAGCGGCUGGUCAUCUUGCAGUUGUUAAAUGCAGCAGCUGGAAAGGACUGCUCGAAAGAGCCAGACGAAAUCCCAGAAGAUGAGGCCUAUCUGCUGAUGAGCAAGCAUGGAGUCGGGGACUCGACCACCGAUGGUGCCUGGACUGAGUGGGAUGGCACUGUGCUCAAACUAGUGCCUCAGAUGGAGACUGUGGACACAUUACGGGCCAUGAAGGUGGACAAUCUGUUGCUGGUUGUGAUGCAGUCGGCCCACCUGGUGACACAACGCAAAGCCUUCCAGCAGUCCAUGGAAGAACUUCUCACCCUCAGCCGAGAGCAGACAUCCAGCCAGCUGCUUAUCGUCUCUGCCCUGGAACAGCUCAAGAAUGAGGCUCUCCAGCUGUGCAUCAAGAUCAACACCGCGAUCGACCGUGUGGAUUAUAUGUUCACAUCAGAGUUUGAGGCUGAGGUGGAGGAGACGGAGAAAGCCACACUGCAGCAAUAUUACAGAGAGGCUAUGAUCCAGGGCUACAACUUUGCUUUUGAGUCAACUCUUCUGCCACACAGGGUCUCUAGUGUACAUGAGAACGAUCGUCUGUCAUCUGUGGCGGCGGAGCUACAGUUUAAAUCCCUCAGUCGCCACUCCAGCCCGACAGAAGACAGAGAAGAGCCCUCGUAUCCUAAAGCAGACCCCAGCAGUACCGCCCGUCGCAGCUGGGAGCUCCGCAACUUCAUCAGCCAGUCAAAAGACACUGCAGCACGUCAGAGCCCUAUGGAGGCUGUCUGGCGCUCUAUACGCAUCUUUGAUGACAAGCACUAUGUGCUCAUGAGACAGCGAAACAUCAUCGGACAGGUGUGCAACACCCCCAAGUCCUACGACAACGUCAUGCACGUGGGUCUGCGCAAGGUCACAUUCAAAUGGCAGAGAGGCAACAAGAUAGGUGAAGGGCAGUAUGGAAAGGUUUACACAUGCAUCAAUGUGGACACUGGUGAACUGAUGGCCAUGAAGGAGAUUCGCUUUCAGCCCAAUGACCACAAAACCAUAAAGGAAACGGCCGAUGAGCUAAAGAUCUUUGAAGGAAUCAAACAUCCCAAUCUUGUCCGCUACUUUGGUGUGGAGUUGCACAGGGAAGAAAUGUAUAUCUUUAUGGAGUACUGUGAUGAAGGGACCCUGGAGGAAGUGUCUAGACUGGGUCUGCAGGAACACGUCAUCCGCCUCUACAGCAAGCAGAUCACGACGGCAAUCAAUGUGCUCCAUGAACACGGCAUUGUCCACCGUGACAUUAAAGGAGCCAAUAUCUUUCUCACGUCGUCGGGCUUGAUAAAGCUAGGGGACUUCGGCUGCUCAGUGAAGCUGAAGAACAAUGCUCAGACGAUGCCUGGAGAGGUGAACAGCACACUGGGAACAGCAGCAUACAUGGCUCCUGAGGUCAUCACUAGAGCAAAGGGUGAAGGUCAUGGUCGUGCUGCUGAUAUCUGGAGCCUUGGAUGUGUUCUCAUAGAAAUGGUCACUGGAAAGAGACCUUGGCACGAAUAUGAGCAUAACUUCCAGAUCAUGUAUAAAGUGGGAAUGGGCCACAAACCACCCAUUCCUGAAAAGUUGAGCACAGAGGGGAAGGACUUCCUGGCCCACUGCCUGCAGAGUGAACCGAAGCGACGCUGGACCGCCAGCGCUCUGUUGGACCACCCGUUUGUCAAGGUCUGCACAGAUGAAGAGUGACGGGGAAAGACGUGUAUUCUUUUAAUGUUUACAUAAAUGCUAGCACUACUUCACGUGGCAUGAGGGAGGACGAAGGUUAAAACAGACGCGCUCUGCUCGAUACGAGCCCCUUGAGAUGUUAAGAGGCGGGGCAAGUCUUACAUGUACAGUAACAUGAGCAAAUGGGAUGGAAAUGUUUGGACAAGUGCGUUGUGUACAUACUGUAAGAAUAGGGUUAGGGUUUUUCUGUGUACAAAGCAUAUUAUAAAGCUGAAGUUUAAUAGCCACUUUGUCGGUAAUCGAGUCACAGGGAAUACAUGUUAGGAGACAGUACAUCAAUUCAAGGGAUGUUCUCUGCACAAAGCAUCAGAGAAUGGGAAAUGGAGGGAGUUAGACAUUGACUGACUGUAUGUACAAUUUCAAUGAGUGUUCACUGAAGAAAGCAUACAAACCUGGGGCUGAAAGUCAGUAGAGAAGAUUUUAAUUUUCUUUUUUUUUGUUAAAAUGGUAUUUUUGUUUGCCUUGCUGCAGAGCCCACUGUUAACAAGUCAUAUUUAAGCCUAUAAGUAGUUGUGCUGCGUUGGCUCAGCUUCGUGCUUGCCAAUGGCGUGCCUUUACCAUCUGGGUGCACAAGAGCAUAAUCAACCAAUGAGAGGGAAGAGGCCAGUCUGACUCCGCCUUUCUGCUGCUGCACUCGGCUGGGUGGACAAACAUGCUCUUACACAGGCAUCAACUGCUGGUUCUCUGCUCCUCCAACAGUGUUUGCAAUAUU